AUGCAGACUACUCUAGCAUUUGGCCCCACCUCAAAUCUGCUGAAUCAAAAUUCCAGGGGCAAUGCCAAGGAAUCUGCACUUUCAGUAACUCCCCCAGCGGGAAACGCAGAGGAUGGGGGCUCCGUCCUCAGCCGGCUCGCAGGGCUCGGGGCGCCACGCGGAGGUGCAGCUGCACCUCGGGGAUGGGGCGGCCAAGGAGCCGAGAGGCUCGGCGUCCACCAGCCGGGGCUCCCUACUCACGCUGCACUGCGAGGAGGCGGCGGCGGCGGCAGCGAAGGAGGAGGAGGCGGCGCCCGGCCGUCCCCGCCCAGAGCCCGGCAGCCACCGAGUGGCCGCCCGCGUCCCCGCAGGACCCGCCUCCUCGGCUCCGCAGAGCGGCACACAGGGCGCGCCGCGCUCGCUCGGCACGGGCAGCUCAGCCGGCCUCACGCCGCCGUCCGCAACAGCAGCCGCGGGCGGGGUGCAGCCACCUCCGUGAGCGCCGCAGCCCGCCCCCCUCGGGGCGGGGCCCGCGGGCACCGGAGAGCGGACGGCCGAGCACGAGGGGGCUGCGCGCAGCUCCGGGCAGGGACCCCGUCUGCACCGGGUGGCCUGCAAGAUUGCCGGGGUAGGCAGGGGGAGGAGAACGCUCACCCGUUCCGGUCUGGCGCUCCCUUCUCUCCACACCCACACGCCUCCCGCUCCACGCUGGCGGCGCAGCUGCUCCCGCUGCCACAGCCGCCACCGCCGCCGAAGCUCGCGCCGCCGCCGCUGCCGCCUUGGCUGAGCGCGGUCACGUGACGCGAUCCGCGGGGAGCCUGGGGGCGGGCGAGUGCGCGCGCGCGCGCGCGGAGGAACCGCGGCUCGGACCGGGACUGGGAGCUGAGCGGCACUGGGAGGGCGUUUAAGGGGAGGACCCGGCGAGCGCGCCCUCGGCUGGCGAGCGCGCGCCUGGCGAUUAGAACUUGCCGCGCGGUCGGGAAAGGGUGGCCGGAGUGAGGGGCGGAGGUGGGGACUUGCGCCUUCGCACGCCCCUCCCUUUCUUCCUUCCCCUGAGCGCCUUGGCUUGCCGCUGCCCCCGCCCCCUCCAGCGCGCCCCUUCCCUCCUGCCGCGGCCUGCGAUUGGCUGAGAGGCUCUGACGUCCGUGUUUCCAUGACGUGUUGGUGCAGGAGGGAGCGGCGGGGGAGGAGGGGGUGGCUCAGGCGCGCGGGGAGGUGACUCCGUCAGUCACAGCUGCUGUUUCGGCGCGGGGCCGGGCCGCUGCCGCGACGUGUGGAGGCAGGAGAGCGAUGAUUGCCGCAGGAGAAGUGCGGGCACCCUUCACCUGGGGCCCAUCCCGAACCGCCCCCGGGCCCAUGCCCCUCCAGGGCCCAGGAGCGAGCCAGCGGGAGGGCGAGGGCGAGCGCUCCUGGCGAGGACAGAUUAAGGCGAACCCCCAGUCAGCGGGCAUUUGAGCGGCUCCUCGCCGCGUCUCUGCCCCCACUCCAAACCGGACUCGACGCCUGUCCCGGGCCGUGACGCACGCACCGGAGGACAAAAGUGCUUCUCGGCUCGCUCCCUCUUUGGGGAAGAGAGCUCACUCCCCAUGCGGGCGCGGGACACCCCAUCUCUGUUCCUGCCGGUCGGGUCCGCAAACACCGGGGAUCCCAGCUGCGGCGCCCAAAGGGUUAACGCAGGCGUUCUGCCAGUGCAAACCGGCCUCGCAGGAUCCGCGCUUAAAAUCCGGGUGUUUUCAUUUUGGGUUUGUUUCUUCUAAGCCAAGCUGGUGGCUCUCUUUUAAUUCUCUUGUAACAUCUCAACCCUGCACCCAUCUUUCCUGAGGGGAAAAGGAAACGGGAUAACUUGCGGUAUUUCGAUGCUCAAAGGUAACCGGCGGCUCUGCUCCAACCUUCAAGAGAUUUUGCAAGUUGAAAAAAAAAAAAAAACCCAUCCUUCGUAACAUCUACUUAAAAAAAAAAAGCAAGUUUUCCUUCUUGUACACGCAUAUACACAGUAAAGAUGUGUAUCUUACCUAAGAUACCGCGCUUCAUCUUCAUCUAAUCUUUAUUUGAACUCACCGUCGCCACUGGCCCAGAGACCUUGUCAGUGCUAUUUUCAGUAUCAGUUAAUCAGAACAAAAAGAUAAGUUCUGCAAUCUUCUUUCUCUUAAUUCCAGAACUGGAAAAUUAAUAUUUGUAUAGCCUCCUCAAAAGCAUACAGGCAAUAGGAAGUAUGGUAUUAUGUUCACGAUCUGAUGAUAGCGUUUGUUUUAAAAUAUUUUAAAAGAUUAGACACAAAAUGUGUAAAAGACGUUUAAAAGUGAAUAAAUAUAAAUCAAUGCUGUUGCAAAUAAUUUUUUUUAUCAGUUUAUGUAUCUCACUAGGCUAGACGUUACCAGCCUUCUGAGCUGUGCCCUUGAUGUGUAAGAUGAACCAACGUUGAACAGAAUGAUAGCAUUUUUCCUCUCUUCAGUCACUGAUGGAGAAUUGGUUAAUGUGGUACAAUAAAUAGCCCUUCCUGACACUAUUUCUAAUCUUUUUAACAGAAGAAUAACCUAAAUUUCACCUAAUAAAUUUCAAUAUUAUUUCCCCCUAAAAUAUCUUUCAAAACGACUCAGAGACAUUUAAGAAUCACUGGCUUUUUUUCCAACUUUUCCUCCAAGGAAGUUACAAUACAAUGUUGAAUUAUGUAUUCUACUUUAAUCAAGAAUCUGACAUUAAAGUAAUGUGAAUCAUUGCUAUAGUACACUAGCAAAAUGGGUAAUAGAUUAAACUAGAAUCUGUUCACUUUGUGGGUUUGUUCCAGUUCCAGAUUAUAGAAUGAAUGCUCUUAAAGUGUUGUGGUCAUGAAACAAUUAUUGAGCAUCUUUAUUUAAGAACACGAUUCAAUUAAAUUUUCAUUUAUAUCGAUAAAUCUAUAAAUGAAACAUACGGAAUAUAUAUAUUCAUGUAUAUCCAUAAAUGAAAACGUGUGUGUGUGUGUAUCCCGGAACAUAUUUGUAUGCAUUUUAAUGAAAUGUGAGUCAUAUGCAAUGACAAACUUUUACUGUCAUAGUCAAGAAAAUUGUACUGUAGUUUGGUUUUUAUAUUUUUAUCCUUCAAAUAGGAAAUAAAGGGUGAAAGCAAUAUAGAAA